AUGCACAUGCUCUCAGAAUGUGAAAAAAUCCUCGGUGAAGGUCUCCUGCGUUUACCUGCGCAACACAAUUAUCGAUAUGGGCCCAAGGCCGAGCGGGACCUACUUGAGCUGCUAUUUCGGUCGCUCGUAGGCCACAGCGAGGAGCUCCUGAUCCAUCUAUUCCCCGAUGGUACACCCAACGGGCCCUGGAAGUUGGCUGAAGCUCAGGGAGCGCGUGAGGGCGCCGAAUAUAGCGAGUCUGCGCGGGGCAAGCGAUGCGGGCAUAUUUUCCGGGCGGGAGAGGCGACUUAUCGCUGCGUCACCUGCGCGGCCGACGAUACUUGUGUUCUCUGCAGCCGAUGCUUUGACUCCUCAGACCACACCGGCCAUCAAUAUCAAAUCUCGCUAUCGUCAGGGAACUGCGGCUGUUGUGACUGCGGUGACGACGAGGCCUGGCGGCUACCGCUCUUCUGCGCCAUCCACACCGAUAGUGGAAACGUCAAGAGCAAACAGCGCGCAGAGCGACAACUACCUGCAGAAGUGAUAGAUUCCAUUCGUCUAACUAUUUCACGGGUUCUCGAUUACUUUUGUGAUGUCAUAUCAUGCUCCCCCGAGAAUCUGCGUCUGCCGAAGACGAUAGAAGGCAUCAGGCAGGAUGAAGAGGCAUCCCGCCUGCGACCCGGCUGGUACGGAUCGGGCGAUCAGGAAGAGGAUGAACCUGAAUUCGCGCUGAUGCUCUGGAAUGAUGAAAAGCAUACCAUUCGCGACGUAGCUCACCAAGUCACGCGAGCCUGUCGUGAGCGAGAUAGCUUUGGUGUUGCACGGGCUCAUGAGACAAAUGACAUCGGCCGCAGCGUAGUCAAGUAUUCAAAAGACCUGCAGCGGUUGUUGGCAGUCUCGAAGAUCAUCGAGGAGAUCAAGGUCACAGUGUCCGUUCGAUCUGCCCGCGACACCUUCCGCGAGCAGAUGUGCGGUGCGAUUGUUGAGUGGUUGGCCGACAUUGCUGGCUGCAGCAUUCUGGAUGACAAUGAGAUAUUCCGCCAAAUUAUCUGUGAAGAAUUGCUCAGUCCAUGGCGUAAAGGCAGCGGCGCUUAUAAUGCCGACAUAGGAAUGAAGGGCAUUGACGAUCACCAAGAAACGGAGAACUACCUGCGGGGACCGACUGUCAUGCUCACUCUUCCACCCCAUGGUCAAAUUGUACUUGCCACGACCGAUGAUGACGAAGAUGGCGAUGUCGACGAUGAAAACGAACAGGACGAGGAAGAGGACUACGUCGAGGCCCACGAUGACGCUGACGACGAGGAUGACUUGAUUGAAAUGGAACUUGCCCGUCUCCAAGCCGAAACCACUAACGACGUAGACGAGGAUAUGGACAUGGGUAUUGACGAGGAGCUUGCAAUGGCUGAACGCAUUCUGGCCGGGCUUUCUCGCACACAUCCCGUUGCUCCUCGCCCAGCUCCGCAGGCCAAUGAGGAACAAGCCGAACAGGAUGGACAAGCCGGUACCGCUUCUCAUCAUGAAGUCGAAAGUCAACCGCCAGUGGAGACAUACGUAUCAAUUCCAAAGACUCCAUCGGGUGCUGUCCGACCACCACCUGCGAGGACCGAAGGUCACUGGCAGGUUCGCCCUCCCGCACCAGCUCCUGGACAGAAGCUUGCACCUUAUGAGGACUUGUGGCAGCGUACCCGUCUUGACUGGUUGGUUCUUUUCGAUCUCCGGUUGUGGAAGAAGACCCGGACAGAUUUGCGUGACCUCUAUAUCAGCACUGUCGUCAACGUGCCUCAGUUCAAACGCAUCAUGGGCUUAAGGUUGUCGGCUCUUUACACAGCUCUAGCACAGCUUUAUCUAAUUGCGGAUCGAGAGCCGGACCACUCUAUUGUGAAUCUGUCCUUGCAACUUCUUACGACUCCCUCAAUCACCGAGGAGAUUGUGCUCCGCGGCAAUUUCCUCACCAAGGUCAUGGCCAUUCUCUACACCUUCCUGACUACAAGACAAGUGGGCGAGCCUCAGGCAGUGAAUCCGAAUGCCACGCUCGCUUUUGAUGCUGGAUCUGUUACAAACAGACGACUUUACCACUUCUUCCUCGACCUCCGUUAUCUGCUGCAGUCUGAGUACGUCCAGCAUCGAGUCCGGACGGAGGAACAGUACUUGCCUCAAUUCUUGGAUUUAGUGAAACUAUCUCAAGGCAUCUGCCCCAACGUUCGUGCGGUUGGCGAGCACGUUGAGUACGAGACCGAUGCCUGGAUCAGUGCAUCGAUUCUGAUGCGAGAAAUCAAUCGUCUCUGUCGACAACUUUGUGAAUCUUUCCGAAACCCUGAAUCCGAUGGCGGUGACCAUCUUUUGCGAGCCAUCAAGACGAGCGCCUUGACUACGAUCAUUCAUUCGGCUGGCGUGGAACGCAAGCGCUUCGAUCAAGCCGAGAUCAAAGAGGAAGUCAAAUUCAAGACCUUGCAGCCAUUUGAUUUUGAGAUCGGCUCAUCUGGUGAGGUGCCCUGUCACCGUGUCGUCGAGUUUGCUGUCGAAAAGGGCUCAAUCAGCUUCCAUCACGCGCUACACUACACCCUGUCCUGGCUGAUUGAAUGCGGUCGGGGCAUGAGCAGUGAAGUGGUGCGGGGAGCCCUGUUUGACGCUGCUCAAAGCGCCAGGGAUGAGCUUCAUGCGGCGAAAUAUGCUGGCAAGCCUAUUGAUGACAGUCUCCUUGCUCUUGGGCCCGAGGAUCUUCUGUUGACAAUGUUUGACUAUCCAUUGCGAGUUUGUGCCUGGCUGGCUCAGAUGAAGGCCGCAAUGUGGGUUCGAAACGGUCUCAGCCUUCGUCAUCAAGCAUCCCAAUACCGCGGUGUCUCAUCUCGAGACUUUGCAUACUAUCGCGACAUCUUUUUGCUGCAAACGGCGCUGGUCACUUGUGAUCCCAGCAGGGUUCUCGCAUCCAUCGCCCACCGAUUUGGCAUGGUCGAUUGGAUGUCACGGAACUAUAUGCCGCGCAGCGGCUUCGAGGACACGCAGAUUGUCGAUGUUGCCGAGGAAUUUGUUCAUCUCCUAGUCAUCCUGUUGACUGAUCGCACUUCCUUGACGGCCAUCGAUGACAGCUCUUAUCUGACCAAGGAGAACAUCAGUCGUGAUAUUGCUCAUGUCCUUUGCUUCAAGCCUCUGUCAUUCUCAGAUCUUUCCACUCGUCUGAGUGACAAGCUGCUGGAUUCCGACAUGUUCCAGGAUGUCCUUGAAGAGGUUGCCAACUUCCGCCCUCCUGAGGGUCUCAGUGAUUCCGGAACCUUUGAACUGAAGUCGGAAUACUUCGACCUCGUCGAUCCUUACAGCGUGCACUAUACCAAGAACCAGCGAGACGAAGCCGAGAACAUUUACAAGGAAUGGAUGGCGAAGAAGACGGGCAAGAAGGCUUCUGACAUUGUUUACGAGCCCAAGCUUCGGCCUAUCACUUCCGGUGUCUUUUCGGAUUUGCCUCGCUUCACGGGUACCAUACUCUUCGCACAGCUUGUUCACCAGUGUCUUGAGUACAUUGUGUCCUUCAAGGAGUGUACUCCUGCCAUUCCGCCGACUCGAGUGGAGACCUUCCUUCAGGUCAUCCUUCAUCUUGUACUUGCUGCAGUGCUCGAGGACGACACUGAAGAUGGCAGUAUGGAUAGGGAGCCAAGCCAAUCCUUCAACUUGCAUGCCAUGUCCAAGACCCGUGAGAUCAAGGCUGGAAACUUGACCAUCGUCGGCCUUCUUGAGAGAAUCUCCGUCACUCCGGAAUUCUCUGCAUGUGGCCCCAAGAUUCGUCACAUUCUCAAGCGUCUGUGGCAGAAGCGUCCUCAGACCUACACAUCUGCAACAGCCUCCCUCAGAUUCCCCUUCGACCGGAUUGAUACCAGUUCUCCCGCCAUUGAUAAUGACAAUGAAAAAGAAAUCAAGAAGAAGGCGGCGUUGGAGCGCCAGGCGAGGGUAAUGGCACAGUUCCAGCAGCAGCAACAGCAGUUUCUAAACACCCAAGGCGACAUUGACUUUGGCGAGGAGGACUUUAGCGACUCGGAAACCGAGGUGCAGACUCCUCAAGAGUCAAAAGUAUGGAAGUACCCCAGUGGUACCUGUAUCUUCUGCCAGGAUGAAACCAAUGAUUCAAGGCUGUACGGUACGUUUGCCUUGAUUCAAGACAGCACGAUCCUGCGGCAAACAGACAUCCGGGACCCAGACAGGAUUCGCGAAGCACUGAAGACUCCGACUAGUCUGGAUAGAUCCGCCGAUCACGUUCGACCAUCUGGUGUUUCUGGUGAGAAUCGCACGACCAUUCGACGGCUGGAUUCCUCUGGGGGUGAGGUAAUCAGCGAGAAGGUUGGCCUCAGCAAGGGAUUUAACCCGAAGAGUACUUUGCGGGGCCCUGUGACAACUGGCUGCGGCCACAUCAUGCAUUACUCGUGCUUUGACGUCUACUAUACCGGCACACAAAGGCGACACAGUCAACAAAUUGCUCGCCAUCAUCCAGAAAACAUUGCGCUCAAAGAGUUUGUGUGCCCGCUGUGUAAGGCACUUGGCAACGCGUUCCUACCAAUUACUUGGAAGGGCAAGGAAGAGUCCUACCCCGGUGCUUUAAACACCGCUCAGCCGUUCGAUGAAUGGAUUGCUACAGGGCUGAAAAGCGCUUUGCACCAGACACAAAACUUCCCUGUUCUCAUGGUAGAAAAGGAGAAAGCAUACCCCCAUCCAUAUGCGGAACUUUUCAACGACUACUUGUCGAAAUCCCUCACGCCUCCCCUGUCUUCGAAGAUCGGACAGCUCACUUUAUCUCCGGUGCCUUCAACCGGGCCAUCCCAUCCAUUAGCCUCGGUCUCACGCCUUGCUAUGCCUGGAAUUUACCCAGCUGGCGAGGAGAUGGCACCGAUCAGUCCUUUGCAGCAGGUAUCCACACCAUCGGAUAGCCCGAUGACGGAACUUCUCCAAAUUUACAAACGCCUGAAGAAGACAAUCAAACUCAACCACAUCAGCUCAAUUUUUAAUAACAGUCCCGAUACUGUGAUCAGUGAUGACUUGGUCCACAUUGAUUCGCUGAUUCGAAGCUUUGGCUUCAGUAUCUCCGCUGUCGAAAUCGCGCAGCGCGGAGUCGAGUCCGAGCCCGGGUCAACUCUUCUGGACAAGAUUCCAUCGCUGACUUUGACCCAUCUCCGUAUAUUGGCAGAAUCAGCGAUGACCUACGCAGCUGUGGGUUGUGUUCACUCCAAUAGUGGCCCCAAGAGUCGUCCAGCCCUUGAAUUUCAGGAAAUGCAUCGACAGAAGCUCUGCCAGCUGCUUGCCGGGCAUCCUUGUUUGAGCGGGACGCCACUGCUCAAUGAUGUGAGAAACAUUGAGCCUCUCCUCGCCAUGGAUACCUUUGUCUUCUUGGCAGAGUGCUCCCUCGCAUUGUUGCCGGUCCUACGCAUUGAUGUGCGCCAUCUCGUGCAAAUGUGCUAUGUGGCUGAGAUUGUGAAGGUCGCUGUCACAUUCAUUCUGUGGCCCUUAGGUCUUAAGGAGGAACUGGCGAGCCAAGGUGAAGCGGAUCUCGCCGGUGUUGACGUCUCUGACGAUCGGUACAAUGUGACGAGACAUUUCUUUGAUUCAAUUGUCGCGGAACUCAAGGCCAAUUCCGUCGGUCGUGCCGAAGGAUCUUCAUUCCCUGCCGAGAGUGGCUAUGUGAAGGAUGGUGAAGAAUCCGCCACGCCCAAUGUGAUCGUCGCCCUUCGCCGACUCCUUGCUAGCUAUGCUUUGACUUUCUUGCGAAAAUCAGUGAUCUUGCUGCAUGUGCAGCACGGUGUUGAUUUCCCCAACACGGGCUUUACUGAUAUGGGCUCUUCAGAGCUUGAUCGGCUGACCAAGGCUCUCAGCUUGCCUACACUCGAUGAGAUCCUGAUGUCUAUCAGUCCAGCCAGGAAGACCAACAGUCCGUUUGACGCGGUUAUCUCCGGAUGGAUCUUCCACUGGAAUGCCUCGCGAUCGGGUAUUCGCUUCGAGGAUCACCGACUAUGGCCCAGUCUCCCUCAUCCGAGUAUCUUCGAGCUUGUCGGCCUACCAAAAUACUUUGAUAGUCUUAUCGAGGAGGCCAACAAGAGGCGGUGUCCGAACUCGAAGAAGGAGCUCAGCGAUCCAAGUAUUUGCCUCUUCUGUGGUGACAUCUUCUGCUCACAGGCGGUUUGCUGUAUGCACAACAAGCUAGGCGGAUGUAAUCAGCACCUGCAAAAGUGCGGCAAGAACAUCGGUCUAUUCAUCAACAUUCGCAAGUGCACUGUGCUUUAUCUGCACAAUCACAACGGUUCAUGGCACUACGCCCCUUACCUUGACCGCCAUGGCGAAGUUGAUCCUGGCCUGCGCCGAAACCGUCAGCUCAUUUUGAACCAGAAGAGAUACGAUCGACUGCUACGUGACGUAUGGCUGUCCCAUUCUAUUCCUGCUACGAUUAGUCGCAAGCUUGAAUCAGAAAUGAACAACGGUGGUUGGGAAACCAUCUGA